CAGAGUUUGAGGAGAUGCAUCAUUUUUCCUUUUGACUUCUGAGGAUUCCUGCAAAUAUUUCCCUCUCUUGCCAUCCUGGCAGACAAUACUGGAACAGUUUUGCAUUCUACUCUCCGCAACCAGACUCUUUGCCCCGGGAGCGCAGACGUCUCCACCUAAAGCCCAAACUGAGCAUGAGAGAAGGCUUCAAUCUUAAAAACUUAUUCUUCAGCCAUGAUGAAAAAGAUUUAGCUGAAUACAGUUUCAUUGGAGAAGAAAUUUCCCUCUCCAUCUUCAAUAUUUUCAUUUCCCUUAUUGGACUGGUGGGGAAUGGGAAUGUCAUCUGGCUUCUUGGCUUCCAUAUCAAAAGAAAACCUUUGGCCACCUACAUCCUGAACUUGGCUGUGGCUGACUUUGGAUCCCUUCUAUUUCUACUUCUCUUAAACAUAUUAAUGAACCUACCCUAUAUUAACAAAUAUUUCCUGCCUCCCCCAAUUGUUUAUCAGAUUUUGUUGAGCCUCUCUCAACUGAUGUAUAGCAGUUCUCAAUUUCUCCUGACAGCCAUUAGCAUUGACAGAUGUGUGUCUGUCCUCUUCCCAAAUAGGUAUCAACAUCAUCGGUCACCAGUGUUGUCCACCAGUGUGUGCGUCCUCAUGUGGGCUCUCACUUUUGUGCUCAGUAGCGGGCCCUUAAUUCUAGAAUUUGCUGGUUUGGCAUAUUAUAAUGACCCUGUAAUUGAUUGGGUUUAUCUUGUGAGUACUUCAAUUUGCAUCUCCCUCAUGACCAUCUCUGCUCUGAUUCUGCUCAUCAAAGUCUGCUUUCGGUCACACCGGUGCCAGUGUGGGAAUCUUUUGAAAGUGAUCUUGCUCAUGCUUCUCUCCUUCAUCCUCCUUACUUUUGUGACAUGUGCCUAUGCUUAUGCCCGUCUCAUCACAAAUCAAUUCACCCCAAUGUCAUAUUUUAUCUUAGGGAUCACCCUAAGGAGUGAUAUAAAUCCAUUGAUUUAUUUCUUGGUGGGGAGACAGAAUGGUGGUAAAUUUCAGGAGAGAAUGAAGGUUAUCCUCCAAAGAGUUUUCAAAGAGGACAGAGACACCGGAGCGGAACUACAACCCCGCAUUGAAACACCAUUGUGAUGCCCUCAUUAGAAGUUCUAUGCUGUAGAUUACAGAUACAACCAUGAUUUGCCUUUCAAGAUGCAGAAGACCGAUUAAUAAAGUUUUGCCAUUUCCUUG